AUGGUGAUUUCCUACAUUAGCAACAGCAGCUCCUUCAUCUUCAUCUUGAUGGACCUGCCAGGGCUAGAAGAUGCCCACCACUGGACAGCCAUCCCAGUCUGUUCCAUCUACCUCCUCUCUUUCCUAGGCAACAUUGCCAUCAUGUACAUUGUCAAAUCAGUGCCCAGCCUCCACACCCCCAUGUACCUCUUCCUCUCUAUGCUCUCAAUGGCAGACUUGGGUCUCUCUGCAUCCACACUGCCCUCCAUGGUGGCUGUCUUCCUUCUGGGCCAUAGGAAAAUGAAUGCAGCUACAUGUUUUGCACAGCUCUUCUUUAUCCACACCUUCUCAGUCAUUGAAUCUGCUGUGCUUCUUGCCAUGGCUUUUGACCGCUGUGUUGCCAUUCGUGAGCCAUUGCGUUAUGCCACCAUCCUUACCAACUGGCGCAUUGGUGCCAUUGGAUUGGCUAUUGUCACUCGAAGUGCUGCCCUUCAUCUGCCCCUGCCUGUUCUCCUUAACCACCUGAGUUUCCAAUCCAUUAGCAAACUGUCUCAUUCUUACUGUGUUCACCCUGAUGUUCUGAAGCUGGCCUACUCCAACACUCGGAUCAAUAGUGCAUUUGGACUCUUUGUGAUGCUCUCCACGUUGGGGCUUGAUGCUUUGCUGAUCCUUUUCUCCUAUGUGUUGAUUCUCUAUACCAUCCUGAGCAUUGCCUCCAAUGCAGAACGGCUCAAGGCCCUCAAUACCUGCAUCUCACACAUUUUUGCUGUCCUGCUCUUCUACACACCACUAGUCAGCCUGUCUAUGAUCCAUCGCUUUGGGAAAAAGAUGCCAGCCCAGGUCUAUAUGCUUCUCUCUUACCUGCAUUUCCUUGUUCCGCCCAUGCUCAAUCCCAUUGUCUACAGCAUCAAGACCAAGGAAAUCAGAGUCCGAAUCCUUAAGAUGCUCCAUCCUCAGAAGUUCUGA